AUGAAGUUAGCUUUAUUAAUUGCGAACACAUUACUUUCCACUGGAAUAUUUUGCUCUCAUGGCCAAGUUGAUGAAAAUGAUGAUAUUUCAAAAGGAAGAGCAAUACAAAUUAUAUCACCUGUAAAUCAUUCAUUUCACCUCAAUUCGAAUGAUUUAAACCCAAUUCUGGAAUCGGAUGAGAUAAAGGAUCGUCACGUAGUGGUAGUUUCAAUUGCCGGUGCAUUUCGUAAGGGGAAAAGCUUUUUGCUCAAUUUUUUCCUACGAUAUCUCUACGCACAGUACAAGAAACACGACGUCAUCGAAUGGCUUGAAAGCAGUGGAAAUGACAGUGUAUUGAAUGGUUUCAAGUGGCGAGGCGGUCGUAAGCCCGAAACAACUGGAAUUUGGAUGUGGUCGGAGAUGUUUACACAUGAUUUUGAGAAUGGCGAAAAAAUCGUCAUCAUUUUAUUAGACACACAAGGUAUAUUUGACCAUCAAAGCAGCAUUCAAGAUUGUGCGAAGACGUUUGCUUUGAGCAUAAUGCUUUCGUCGGUUCAAUGCUACAAUUUAAUGCAAAACUUUCAAGAAAAUGACUUGCAAAAUUUGGAUUUAUUUUCCGAAUAUGGACGAUUGGUCAUGGAACAAACGCACGAGAAACCAUUUCAACAUUUGGUGAUUCUUAUUCGUGACUGGCCAUUUGCAUACGAAACUGGUUAUGGAUGGAGCCAAAGUGUGAUCGAUGAACUUAUGACCAGUAUUGAAGAACAAAUGCCCGAAAUGCGUGAGCCAAGACAACGAAUUCGUUCAAGUUUUGAGAAAAUCAGCGCAUUUUUAAUGCCAUAUCCGGGUACGUUUGUUGCUCAAGGAACAAAUUUAACUGGCGACUUGAAACAAAUUGAUCCCGAAUUUCUGAAAUAUGUAAAGGAAUUGAUGCCAGCGAUGUUUGAACCGAAAAAUCUUGUUUUCGGAAAGUUGAUUGUUAGAUAAAUUCAAUUUUUGCA